AAAAAAGAAUGAAAAAAAGAAUAGUUUAAAGUGAAAACGGAAACUGGAUUGAUUUGUUGGCGUGACUCGUGAGCGACUGCAGAAUUGAUCGGCUUCACCCCUUUUUCCCCUCUUCUUCCCUACUUCUGCUCUAUUUUUUAGUUUUUUAUUUUUUUAUCGCUUUCCUCGGCGGCUAAGAUCUGGCUCGCUCUACAAUAUUAGCUACGACUCUUCUAAUCAAACUUCAAACCUCCAUUUUUGUCCUUCCCUCCAAUUUUUUUACUCCCUUCUCUCUCUUUCUCUCUCGCACUCACAGACACGCACAAAAAAUGCUGAUUUUUUCCCCGUAUUUGUGAAGGAUUUACUUGGAUGUCGGAUUCGCCAUUGCCUGUCCGGUAUCUGACCUCCUUGGAUUAUUUCAUCACCACUACAAGAGCUCAAAAUAUGUUAUAUGUCUGACCCUUGAUUCACAUCUCUUGAUCUGAUCCGCCUCUGCAUAUGAGUUUCCCGCAAGCAAUCUGUCUUUCUCGCCGUGUAUAUCUCUACGACAAAGUACUUGGAGUAGCUGCUGCAGGUGGAAAUUCCAUGGAUUGGGCUGUUACCAGCAAAAACAGUAACCAGUUCGCUAAAGUGGAUAUGGAUCCCAAGUCCGUAACAAUAAUGAAUGCAGCAAUCAUCUCCCAUAUUGAUCCAACAGAUAUGGGCUUGGGUUCUAUCGAGAAAGGAAAUACUGUGCUUACUUCUAAACCCAGGAAAAAAACAAUGACAUCGGUAUAUCUCAAGUAUUUUGAAACAGCAGUAGAUGGGAAAAGUCGAAGGUGCAAGUUUUGUGGACAAAGCUAUUCUAUUGCCACUGCAACUGGUAAUUUGGGGAGACAUCUCAGCAGCAGGCAUCCAGGAUAUGAUAAAAUGGGUGAUUCUUCUGACAAUUCUGCUCCAGAGCCAGCGACAGUUACUAAGAAACCUCAAACUCAGGUUAAGUUGCCCUUGGUGGAACUUGACCACUUGAACUGGUUGCUUAUCAAGUGGCUUCUUGUAGCAUCUCUUCCCCCUUCCACUUUGGCUGAACAAUUCCUAAUGAACUCAUUUAAGUUUCUAAACCCAUUAGCUGAGGUUUGGAGUGGAGAAAAGUUCCAGGCAGUGAUGCUCUACAAUCUUGAGACGAAAAUUCUUGCUAUUACUCACGAUAAUAGUCCAAAUGCCACACAUGCUUGUCAUACUCUGAGAGGUGAUAUGGAUAGUCAGAAACUGACGGCCGUUUGCUCUAUUCCCUGUGCUGCUCAUACUUUGAAUUCUAUAAUAAAUGAAGGGUUAAGAAAUACAAAAUCGGUGAUUCUCAAGAUCAGGGAGUUUGUGCUAGAGCUGAACUCAUCACCAGAAAUCUUAGAGGAUUUUUUGCAAUUCACUACAGCAUAUCAAGAAGGAAACUGGAAGUUCCCACUUGAUGCCUCAGCCCGGUGGAGUGGCAGCUACCAGAUGCUUGACGUUGGAUGCAAGGCCAGUAACUCCAUCGAUAGCGUGAUCAGGAAGCACGAGGAGCAACUCGGAAGCCGGCUACUCCUCAAUUCCACCGAAAAGAAUGUCAUCAACAUCGUGCACAACUAUCUCGAGCCUUUCCACAAGACCAUCAGCAACAUAUGCGCAAACAAGGUCCUCACUCUUGGCAUGCUCCUCUUCUUCAUGGACCACAUCUCAGACACGAUCUCGGCCAGCAAGGACUCGCGCCAAACCCCCGAAUGGCUCAAAGCCUCGGCCGAAGACAUGCACGUCAAAGCCCUAAGCUACAGCGACCAGGUUUGCAACCCGUUUGCUUACAUGGCCUCGAUUCUCGACCCGCGCAUAAAAGUCGAACUCAUCCCUGACUACCUCAACCUGACUAGCUUCCUAGACGAAGUCCGAAACCAUUUUAUUACAAACUACUCUGUCUCGUAUUUCCCUUUGGCCGGUAAUUCGUAUGAACUGAAUGAUGAAGGGAGUACCUCUUUUGCUGAGGAAAUUGCUCGGAAAAAACGGAGGGCAGGGAUGAGUUCCGCUACAGACGAGCUCACGCAAUAUUUGUCCGAGCCUCCGGUUUCAAUGCCGACUGACGUUGUGGAGUGGUGGAAAGUGAACAGCUCGAGGUACCCGAGGCUGUCGUUGAUGGCUCGGGAUUUUUUGGCCGUGCAGUCGACUGCGGUGCAUCCGGAGGAUGUGUUCUCGGCCAAGGGUGAUGAGAAUGUGAGGCAGAGGUUUUUAGUGAGGAGAAAUGAUGCGCGGGCUUUGCUGUGUGUGAGAUCGUGGGUGCAGAAUGGGAUGAAGCUAAGGUACGGCUCUGCAGUGAUUGAUGUGGAGAGAAUAGUGGAAAUGGGAUCAGAGAGAGUUUCUGACAGGAAGAGAAAGUCGUGACUCUCAGUGAGAAAAAAUUGUUGUGCCGGUUGAAGUGUGUUGUUUGAUCAUCAUAUUGUCUUGUGGGGAGGAUGUCUGUUGUUGCGACUUCGGCUCUGUUUUUCUAUGUAACCUUCUUAAAGAAAUUCUAUCUACAGGUUGGACUUGAUAGUUGAUAUGGGGUGAUCCUUGCCAACGAUUGUUGUUUGCAUUAGACAUGCUUCUUUCAUUUUCCGGUAUGUAAUUAUUCUUUAAGAUAUUUGUAUAUGUGAUGAAAUAUAUUUGAAUGACUAUUUUGUCCUUAUACAAUUGUAGUAUUAUGAUUGUG